ACCAAAAGACACACAGCCGCCUAGGCUGGGCUGCGCGUGCACACUGCGUGAGAUCCGGUUACACAAGGAGGCCUUUACUGGCUGAUCCGACUUCGACCCCACCAAAUAUACCGGACUCGACUUGCACCUCUGCUGGACGUCAGUUCACAGAACCGCACAAACCGAAAGCGAAAAUGCUGGCCACCAAUUCUUCCUCGAGUAUUCAAAAACGACGCCAACUACAUCGACGACAACAAUCACUCGAGGUUCCCAUACUGGCAACACCACUUCCUGCUAACAAUCGACGACAUCCAACAGCACACCAAGGACACCGAAGAGGCCUCUCUCUCGACCAGAGUCUGAGCGCCGUCUCAUCAUCGAACGGAUUUCGACCACCACCACCGCAGGACCCAACGGAUUUCACACCACCUGGACCCCCGUCAGUAAGGAUACUAUUGGACACGACCGACUUACCCAACCAGCAACUUCAGCAAUACGUGCAAGAAACGCAGCAGCAACCAGCCCAGCCGGGCUAUUACCCAGCGAACGACUUCCAGUCGCACCUUCAACAGCAGCUUAACCACAACUUCGACGCAGCGAUCGACGUCAAGCCAGUCAUCGCAUCGCCUCGACCACAAUCCGCUCACCAACAAGUCGCCUUACAAGAACUUCAGAACCACAUGGCUUGGUACUCUGCAGUUUACGGAUUGUCUCCUAACGCAAACUCGUCUACAACACCCUUCUUCGAAGCUAGUCAGGCGGGCGGUGCUGUGAUGCCGGGUGCUCCAGUCCCAAUGCCCGUGAUGCAAUCGAUGAGUGGCAUGCCGCAGACUCCACUCUCUUACGGUCACGCUCGCCUGUGGGAUGGUUGUGACAGAAAGUUUGGCCGUAAGGAGAACAUUCGCUCGCAUGUGCAGACCCAUCUUGGAGAUCGUCAGUUCAAGUGUGAUCUCUGCGACAAGACCUUUGUCCGCCAGCAUGACCUAAAGCGACACAUCGCUAUCCACAGCGAUGAGAGACCGCACGAGUGCAUUUGCGGAAUGGGCUUCGCUCGUCACGAUGCGCUUACUCGUCACCGUCAACGCGGUGUGUGUGUCGGCGCCCUGCCAGGCUAUGAAAAGACUGAGGAGGAGAAGCCGAAACGCGGGAGGCCGAAGACGAACCGGAGGUUCAGAUCAUCUACGCCAGCUCUAGCUCUGGCGCAAGUGACGGUCCGGUUACGCCGCAAGGCAACGAUGAGGACUUCGACGUCGCCGCUUUCGUCAACAUGAGCAAUGGAGAUGAAGACAUCGACGGGCCUACGAGCGCUUGGCGUCACACUCCACCAACCUCACCGCUCGUCAGCGGCAACACCGCCAAGACAGUGGCAUCGUUUGACGGCGGUUCCAGCCCAGCAGAUGCUGUCCCGUUCGACGACUUCACCAUCGGACCACAGCCAAACGUUGGGUUUGAUGCAUUCUCACCGCCGGGUGAGUCCAACUCCGGGUCGAGUGUUUACACCUUCUCGGAGCAUGAGCUCACCGUCAACCCGAAAGACUUCGGCAACUUCACGAGUAGCUACAAUUGGGUAG